AUGUUAUCGAAAACAUGUAUGCUAGUAAUGCUUAUGCUGUGGUGUGCCACAGUGCAUUGCUUUCCACAACGACAAGUGCGUCAAACUGCUGGUCAAUUCGGUGCUGGGGCUGCUCAGUCAGGCAAACCAAACCCCGGUGUGACAGCAAUCGGCAGUGGAAACAACAUAAACAACUUUGGCAUUAGCGGUCAGGCAGGUAUCGGCAUUCCUGUGUACAAUGGUGGAAACAAUAAGCCUUCUGUAGGAGUUGGAGCAACAAUAGGCGGAAGCUUUGGCGUUUCCAAUGGUCAAUCUUUCGGGUCGAAACCCAAUUAUGGUGUUGGAGUGGGUGUUAGUUUCCCAUUUGGACGCAAGUGA